ACCCAAACAGACCACCAGACCAAAUUCCCACCACCGGUCAAUAUUUGCUUCUCUUCAUAAAUGACUGCCCACAUUAUUCUUUUCUCCAACACAAAAUCACUCGCACAAUGGAUUCACGCCGGCCACCAUCGUCACCACCGCAACAACCAUAUCGAAACUGGGUAGAGCUGCCACGGGACAUAACUGCAUCGAUCUUAUCCAGGGUUGGUGCUGUCGAGAUCUUAAACACAGCGCGACUCGUCUGCUCAACUUGGCGUACCAUAUGCAAUGACCCAUCCAUGUGGAGAUCGAUUGACAUGCAUAAUUUGGGUAAUUCUUGGGAUGUGGAGUGUGAUCCUGAGAAAAUGUGCAGAUAUGCUGUUGAUAAGAGCUGUGGGGGCUUAAUAGAUAUCAAUAUUGAGUAUUUUGGUACUGAUGAUCUCCUUAGCUACAUCGCUGAUCGAUCAAGUCAUCUAAAACGACUUAGGCUUGCAUUUUGCGAUGACAUUUCGGAUAAAGGAUUAAGUGAAGCAGUCACUAAAUUUCCAUUACUGGAAGAGCUUGCUAUUUCUCGCUAUUCAUCUAUAUCAAACGAAGCUCUUGAAGCUGUUGCACUUUGCUGUCCUUUACUCACAUCAUUGAAGCUGAAAAUGGGGUACAAACACACACGUAUAGAAAGCAAUGAGGAGGCACUAGCUAUUGCAGAAAACAUGCCUCAUUUACGCCACCUUCAGAUUUUUGGAAAUAAGCUGACAAAUGAAGGCUUGCAGGCUAUUCUUGAUGGUUGUCCACUCCUUGAAUCACUUGAUCUGCGUCAAUGUUUCAAUAUUAGUCUGGACGGGGAUCUAGGGAAAAGAUGUGCUGAACAAAUCAAAGAUUUGCGGCAUCCCAAUGAUCCCAUUGAGGACAGUCCUUUUAUUGAAUUAUCAGAGGAAGAUUACCCAUCUGGAUGUUCUGAGGUUUAUUCAUGGAGUGAUGAUUACGAUGACUAUUAUGAUGACUAUUAUGAAUUCUCUGGGGGCAGUGAUAUGUCUGACCUUGGCGAUUUAUAUUUUGAUUAGCGCCUUCUUGAUGACCCUGUCGCUUAUCCAGGUUUUUGUAGGUGGGGAUGUAUUUACGUAUGCACCGGCAUGGCAUUUGGAUGCAGUAGUCGCAUUUGUAAUAUUUGGCACGCUUUUGAUCGAAUAACUGUAAAGCAGGUCUGCGUUUUCUUUGAGAGUUGUCUUGUAUGUACUCUCAUUCUCUUCUUUUCAUCUAACAGUAUGUAUUUACCUUUAUAGACUUCUCUACCAAUAGAUAGAUGUAUGUAUUUAUGUUCAUACUGGCUUUGUCUAAAUAGCAGCUGUAGUAGUUCUGUUUAUAUGCCUGUGAAAUUUUAUUUUGGCUUUUAGAGGAACAAACCUGUUUCAUUC